AUGGGACUGACGGCCGAAUUCGACGAUCGAAACAUCCACAACGACGCCGCGGCCGAAGAAUACCAUCCCUAUGAGUAUCAGACGGACAACAACAGCUCAUGGGCUGGUGCUCUGCCGGUGAAGCAGGGUCUGUACGACCCCAGCUUCGAGAAAGAUGCCUGCGGUGUCGGUUUCGCCUGCAACAUCAAGGGUGUGGCGAGCCACAAGAUUGUCAGCGAUGCGCGCAAUCUGCUCUGCAACAUGACCCAUCGGGGCGCUGUUGGGUCGGAUGCUCGUGAUGGUGAUGGUGCGGGUGUGAUGACGUCGAUCCCGCACAAGUUCUUCGUGAAGAACUUUGGGCGUGAUGCGAACAUUGAGCUGCCACCGCCGGGCCAGUACGCGGUGGGCAACCUGUUCUUCAAGCCGGACCCGGAGACGCUUCAGGAGUCCAAGCGGCAGUUGGAAGACAUUGCCGAGUCUUUGGGCCUGCGAGUGCUGGGAUGGCGAGAGCCACCGGUGGAUUCGAGCCUGCUGGGUCCUGCGGCAGCUUCGCGCGAGCCGAUCAUCCUGCAGCCGUUUGUGGUGCUGCAGUCGGCGUACGGUUCGGGUGUGGUGCCGGAGACGACAGACGCGGCCAAGUUCGACUCGCGCAAGUUUGAGAUCCAGCUGUUUGUGCUGCGCAAGCGGGCAACACACACGAUCGGGCUGCACAACUGGUUCUACCUCUGCUCGCUGUCAAACAAGAACAUUGUGUACAAGGGCCAGCUGGCACCGGUGCAAGUGUACCAGUACUACCACGACCUGGUCAACGCGGACUACGAGGCGCACUUUGCGCUGGUGCACUCGCGCUUCUCGACCAACACGUUCCCGUCGUGGGACCGGGCGCAGCCGCUGCGUUGGGCAGCCCACAACGGCGAGAUCAACACGCUGCGCGGCAACAAGAACUGGAUGCGAGCGCGCGAGGGUGUGAUGCAGUCGGACGUGUUUGGCGACGAGCUGGAGCAGCUGUUCCCGGUAGUGGAGGACGGCGGAUCGGACUCGGCGGCGUUUGACAACGUGCUGGAGCUGCUGACGAUCAACGGAGUGCUUUCGCUGCCGGAGGCGGUGAUGCUGAUGAUCCCGGAGGCGUGGCAAGGCAACACACACAUGGACCCGAAGAAGGCGGCGUUCUACGAGUGGGCAGCCUGUCAGAUGGAGCCGUGGGACGGGCCGGCACUCUUCACCUUUGCCGACGGGCGAUUCUGCGGCGCCAACCUGGACCGCAACGGACUGCGGCCGUGCCGGUACUACAUCCUGGACGACGACCGGAUCAUCUGUGCGUCGGAGGUGGGCACGAUCCUGGUGGAGCCGGAGCGGGUGAUUCAAAAGGGGCGGCUGAUGCCGGGACGCAUGCUGCUGGUGGAUACGGUGGCUGGACGGCUGAUUGACGACUCGGAGCUCAAGGCAGCGGUGUCGAGCCGGCACGACUUCCGGUCGUGGCUGGACCAGGAGCUGGUGACGCUGCCGACGGUCCUGCAGACGUUGGAAGAGCAGAAGACGAUGGGGUUGGCGGCCAAGCCGGACGACUCGACAGUGCAGACGGACCCGCUGUUGCAGGCGUUUGGCUACACAUACGAACAGGUCAGUCUGCUGCUGGCACCCAUGGCAUCGGACGAGAAGGAGGCACUGGGGUCGAUGGGUAACGACGCACCGCUGGCGUGCCUCUCGCCCGGUCCACGGCUGCUGUACGAGUACUUCCGGCAGCUGUUUGCGCAGGUGACGAACCCGCCGAUCGACCCGAUCCGCGAGUCGAUUGUGAUGUCGCUAGAGUGCUACGUGGGCCCGCAGGGCAACCUGCUGGAGAUGGACGCGACGCAGUGCAACCGACUGCUGCUGCCGAGCCCGGUGCUGUCGAUCCCGGAGCUGAAUGCGAUCAAGAACAUGGCACAGCUGCACGCGGCCUGGACGGUGCGCACGAUCGACCUGACGUUUCCGAAGAAGGAGGGCGUGGACGGCUAUGUGCGCCACCUGGACGAGAUCUGCCGACAGACGACGGCGGCGAUCGAGAGCCACGACCGGGUGAUUGUGCUGUCGGACCGCAACACGUCGGCCGAUCGGGUGUCGGUGUCAGCGCUGCUGGCAUCGGGCAUGGUGCACCAUCACCUGGUAUCGAACAAGUGGCGGUCGCGGGCUGCGAUCGUGGUGGAGACGGCGGAGGCUCGUGAGGUGCACCACCUGUGCGUGCUGCUGGGUUACGGCGCUGACGCGAUCAAUCCGUACUUGGCGAUGGAGUGCAUCAUGAAGCUGAACCGCGAGAAGCUGCUCAAGGCCAAGCUCAGCGACGAGCAGCUGAUCCAGAACUACAAGCACUCGUGCGACGGCGGGAUCCUCAAGGUGAUGAGCAAGAUGGGCAUCUCGACGCUGGCCAGCUACAAGGGCGCGCAGAUCUUUGAGGCGCUCGGCGUGGACGACGAGGUGGUAGAGCGCUGUUUCAAGGGCACAGCGACACGCAUCAAGGGCGUGACGUUUGAGCUGAUCGCCGAAGAUGCGUUCCGGUUCCACGAGCGCGGCUUCCCGUCGCGGUUGACGUCCACGGUGCCAGGGCUGACGGAGUCGGGCGAGUACCACUGGCGCGACGGCGGCGAGGCGCACAUCAACGACCCGACGUCGAUUGCAAACAUCCAGGACGCCGUGCGGACGAAGAACGACAAGUCGUACGAGGCAUACUCGCGGUCUGAGUACGAGCAGAUCAAGGCCUGCACGCUGCGCGGCAUGCUAGACUUUAAGUUUGACGAGGCCACGCCGGUGCCGAUCGACCAGGUCGAGCCGUGGACCGAAAUUGUGCGGCGGUUCUGCACGGGAGCCAUGUCGUAUGGCUCCAUCGCCAUGGAGGCGCAUUCGACGCUGGCGAUCGCGAUGAACCGGCUCGGUGGCAAGUCCAACACAGGCGAGGGCGGUGAGGACCCGGAGCGGUCGCAGGUGAUGGAGAAUGGCGACACGAUGCGGUCGGCCAUCAAGCAGGUGGCAUCGGGCCGCUUCGGCGUCACGUCAGCCUAUCUGGCCGACUCGGACGAGCUGCAGAUCAAGAUGGCCCAGGGCGCCAAGCCGGGCGAGGGCGGCGAGCUGCCGGGCCACAAGGUCAGCAAGUCGAUUGCACGCACGCGCCAUUCGACUCCGGGCGUCGGCCUGAUCUCGCCGCCGCCGCACCACGACAUCUACUCGAUCGAGGACCUGAAGCAGCUGAUCUACGACUUGAAGUGUUCCAGCCCGCGGUCACGUGUCUCGGUGAAACUCGUUUCCGAGACCGGAGUGGGGAUUGUGGCUUCGGGUGUGGCUAAGGCCAAGGCCGACCACAUCCUGAUCUCCGGCCACGAUGGCGGCACCGGCGCCUCACGCUGGACCGGCAUCAAGUACGCCGGCCUGCCGUGGGAGCUGGGCCUGGCCGAGACCCACCAGACGCUGGUGCUCAACGACUUGCGCGGCCGCGUUGUCGUGCAGACGGACGGCCAGCUGCGGACCGGCCGCGAUGUCGCCAUGGCCUGUCUGCUGGGCGCGGAAGAAUGGGGCUUCGCUACAACUCCUCUGAUCGCCAUGGGCUGUAUCAUGAUGAGGAAGUGCCACUUGAAUACGUGCCCAGUAGGCAUCGCAACGCAGGAUCCGGAGCUGCGCAAGAAGUUUAAGGGAACGCCAGAGCACGUGAUCAACUUCUUUUACUACAUUGCGAACGAGCUGCGGGCCAUCAUGGCUAAGCUUGGCUUCCGCACGGUCAACGAGAUGAUUGGGCACGUGGAGAUGCUCAAGGUCCGCGACGACCUGCGCACCAGAAAGACGCAGAACAUUGACCUGUCGCUGAUCCUGACGCCGGCCCACAAGCUGCGACCGGGUGUGGCCACGUUCAACGUGCGCAAACAGGACCACCGACUGCACGUGCGGCUGGACAACAAGCUGAUCUCGGAGGCCGAGCUGACGCUGGACAAGGGCGUGCCGUCGCGCAUCGAAUGUGACAUUGUGAACACGGACCGGGCCAUGGGCACGUCGCUGUCGUACCACAUCUCGAAGCGGUUCGGCGAGGCCGGUCUGCCGACCGACACGGUGCACGUCAACAUCAAGGGCUCGGCAGGCCAGUCGUUUGGCGCGUUCUUGGCGUCGGGCGUGACGCUCGAGCUGGAGGGCGACGCCAACGACUAUGUCGGCAAGGGCCUGUCGGGUGGCCGUCUGAUCGUCUACCCACCGCGCUCGGCCGUGUUCCGGGCCGAGGAGAACGUGCUGAUCGGCAACGUGUGUCUGUACGGAGCGACAAGCGGCACGUGCUUCUUCCGCGGCGUGGCGGCCGAACGGUUUGCCGUGCGCAACUCGGGUGCUACGGCGGUGGUGGAGGGCGUGGGCGACCACGGCUGCGAGUACAUGACGGGCGGUCGGGUGCUGAUUCUAGGCAGCACGGGCCGCAACUUUGCGGCCGGCAUGUCGGGCGGCAUCGCGUACGUGAUGGACGUCAACAACGACUUCCUCGGCAAGCUCAACACGGAGAUGGUGGAGGCGUCGGGCGUGGAGGACCCCGAGGACAUUGCGUUUGUGCGCGGUCUGAUCGAGGACCACCACCACUACACCGGCUCGGAGCUGGCGGCCCGGAUCCUGGUGGACUUUAGCCGGGCGCUGCGGCGGUUUGUCAAGGUGCUGCCGAUCGACUACAAGCACCACCUACUGGAGGAGGCAGCCAAGGCGGCCGAGGCCAAGCGGGCUGAGUACAGCCUGCCGAAGAUCUCGGCGGCCAAGGAGAAGGAGACGAAGCCGAAGGCGUCGGCAGCGGCAUCGCAUGGCAAGCUGCAGGACCUGGAGGACAGCGUGGGUGACCAGGCGGCAGACAAGAAGAAGAAGCUGGUGCUGGACAAGACGCGCGGCUUCAUGAAGUACCACCGGCGGGCAGAGAAGUACCGGCCGGCCAAGACGCGGGUCAAGGACUGGGCGGAGCUGUCGAGCCGGCUGGACGAGGACGAGCUCAAGUACCAGGCAGCGCGCUGCAUGGACUGCGGCGUGCCGUUCUGCCAGUCGGACUCGGGCUGCCCGCUGUCCAACAUCAUUCCGAAGUGGAACGAGCUCGUGUUCCAGAACCAGUGGCAGGACGCGCUGAACCGGCUGUUGAUGACGAACAACUUCCCCGAGUUUACGGGACGCGUGUGUCCGGCGCCAUGCGAGGGCGCGUGCGUGCUGGGCAUCAACGAGGACCCGGUGGGCAUCAAGUCGAUCGAGUGCGCCAUCAUCGACCGCGGCUUCGAGAUGGGCUGGAUGGUGCCGACGCCGCCGCCCGUGCGCACGGGCAAGAAGGUGGCGAUCAUCGGCUCAGGGCCGGCCGGCCUGGCAGCGGCCGACCAGCUGAACCGGGCAGGCCACUCGGUGACGGUGUACGAGCGGGCAGACCGGGCGGGCGGACUGCUGAUGUACGGAAUUCCGAACAUGAAGCUGGACAAGCGGAUCGUGAAGCGGCGGACGGACUUUAUGGCGGCCGAAGGCAUCGACUUCAAGCUGGGCGUGGCGGUGGGCGAGGACGGGCUGACGCUGACGAGCCUCAAGGCGACCAACGAUGCGGUGAUCAUCGCGACAGGCGCGACAGUGGGACGGGACCUGCCGAUUCCCGGACGCAACCUGGAGGGCAUCCACUUUGCGAUGCAGUUUCUGCACCGCAACACCAAGUCGCUGCUGGACUCGGAGCUGGCAGACGGGUCGUACAUCUCGGCCAAGGACAAGGACGUGGUGGUGAUUGGCGGUGGUGACACGGGCAACGACUGCAUCGGCACGUCGCUGCGACACGGAGCCAAGUCGGUGACCAACUUUGAGCUGCUGCCGCAGCCGCCGGCCGAGCGGGCACGUGACAACCCGUGGCCGCAGUGGCCGCGCGUGUACCGCGUCGACUACGGACACACGGAGGUGCGACAGCACCACGGCAAGGACCCGCGCGAGUACUGCAUCAUGUCGGAGAGCUUCGUCGACGACGGCAACGGCCGGGUCAAGGGCAUCCAGACGCAGCGGGUCGAGUGGACGCGCUCGGCCGCCGGCGGCUGGGACAUGAAGAAGGUCGAGGGCUCCGAGCAAUUCUUCCUGGCCGACCUGGUCUUGCUGGCCAUGGGCUUCCUCGGACCCGAGGCCCGCGUGCUCGGCGACGAGAUCGAAAAGGACGCCCGCAAGAACGUCAAGACACCCCCGGGCCAGUACGCUACCAGCGUGCCCGGCAUCUUCGCCGCCGGCGACUGCCGCCGCGGCCAGUCACUCAUCGUCUGGGGCAUCAACGAGGGCCGACAGGCAGCCCGCGAGUGCGAUCUGUUCCUGAUGCAGUCCACCAGCCUGCCGGUCACGGGCGGCAUCGUCAAGCGGACCGCACAGGAGAUUUUUGCGGCAAUGGCGUGA